UGGUGCUCGUAACAACGUCUUCUUCUUGCGCAACAGCUUGAAGUCGCCACAUCGGCUUCCCAUUCUGUCAGAUCGAUGAAAGCCUCUGCCUGGUGGGCUCGAACGGGAUUAUGGUGGUAGGGCUCCUCUCUCGCGGCUGGCGCUUCUACAGUCAAGUCGACAACGUCAUCAUUCUUCUGCCUCUGCCAACAGAACAACACGAAAUGGACAAGGAAUCUCCCCAGCGCUUCCAUGGCCCAGGAAUCCUAUAUGAUAAGCGCAGUCAUCCAGGAAGCCAUAUCCUCUCGGUGCAAUGCCGCCUGCCAUGAGGAUGAAUUCCACGCUUUGCAAUCGAACCCAUCAUCAGGUUCUCAAAUCAUUCUACUCCUUGAUAACUCUCGUCGUUCUCUCAUCUUAUCGGCUUGGCACAUCUCUUGGUCGUGUUUGAAUCCCCUCAUCAUGCCUUACUACUCAUCUCUCCUCCUCUUGUUCUCAUGCCUUACUACUCAUCUCUCCUCCUCUUGUUCUCAUGCCUUACUACUCAUCUCUCCUCCUCCAUGCCUCGCUUCUCCUCUCUC